CAUAGUACAAUUAGAGAGAGACUCAACAGUAAUCACAGCUACUUGUCGGUUAUAUACCUCUAUUUCUCUCCCGCCACGUGUCCCUUAAACCCUCUCAGCAAAAAUAUAUAGAUGCAGAAUCACAGAUACUAUCAUUUUAUAGAAUCAUCUCUUUCGUUUCCCCCCGUGUAAGUUUGUUGUGUGCGUGUAAGUUUGUUGUGUGCGUGUAAGUUUGUUGUGUGCGUGUUUUCUGUGAGCUAUGGAGAGAAAACCUCUACUUCAACCGGAGUUCAAUGCCGGAGAAGCGCUUCUGCCACUUAUGGCGUCUGAUGAAGCCUUCAUCAAUGGCUUGUACAACGGCCUGAGCUAUCAGUCCGUUUUGAGUUUGAGCCUCGACCACUACAAUCACGGCGAAGAAGUGAAGCCUCUCUCACUUUCAUAUUUUCAACCUUCUCUCGCAAAGGAUAUGCCAUACGCCGCUGCUGCUUCUCAAAUGCAGCAAAGUUCGGCGGCUUUUGAUUUCUCUACUACUCGAGAUUUUCCAUGGGUUAAGGAGACGGAGAAUAUUCUCGAUGCUGAUCAAAAGCUGAAAUUACCGAAGCUGGAACCAGUAACGGAUAAUCUUCAGUUGUAUCCGUACAGUAACAACGAGAUAUUUUUGAAUGAGCCGCCGUUCAACUACUUCUCCAACGGUAUCUCCGACGACAGCGGCUUAGGCUACGGCCGUCUUCCAGAUCUCCGUUGCCUCGAAAUGCCAAACUAUUUGGAUUUUCACCUCGGUGACUCAUCGUCCACUGUAAACGGCGUCGAACCGGUGUCUGUUAAUUCACAAGUACUAAUGAGUAACCAGCUCAGUACCAUGCCAAAAAGCUGCAAGCAGUCUGCUUAUGGUUCAUCUACAACUCGAAUACGAAGACAGAAGCUAAGCGAGAAAACACGAUCUCUGGAGAAGCUGUUGCCAUGGGACAAAAAAAUGGAUACGGCGACAAUGCUAGGAGAGGCGUACAAAUACGUCAAGUUCCUACAGGCGCAGGUUAGAGUGUUACAGAGCAUGCCUGUGCUGGUAGAAGGAGGUGCUUCGUCGUCUUCCUCUGGUUCCGAGGACAGAAAUGGAAAAUCCAGCUAUGUGAACGAAGUGAAGGCGAAUAGCUUUUAUGGGCCAUUGGCGAGGCUGAAUAGGCAGCAGCUUUUACAGGUGGUACUGAACUCGCCUGUGGCUCAGACGUAUCUGUACUCCAAAGGCUGCUGUGUUUACUCGGCUGAACAGCUGCUUCAGCUCAGGAAAAUUGCUCAGAGGGACGCUUUGUACCGCCAAACGCUGUUUUACUCCGGCAUGUUCUCUUAAGCCAGACCAUUCCCCAGGUGCUCAAAUUUGGAAAUUAAACUGAUCCUUUUUUUUCUUUUUUUGGAAAGAAAGUGAUUAGUAUAGCCUACAGGAGUAAAGGGAAAACCCGUAGAUGAGUGAGAAAUUAGGAACUACAUUGAAUAGGAAUCAUCAGUUGUUUGGAAAGGGAAGUAGUGUUAGGAUCAGUAGACUAGUAGUAAUAGCUUUCAGUCUAUUGUUCUCUUUUGCUAAUCAUUACAUGUAAGCACGUGAUAGGAAUCACUUUUGGCAACUUAUUCACCUUGAUCUAUUAUAUUGAUUCUAAACCCUCAA